AUGCUCAAGCUUUUCCCUUGGUCCAGGGAUUUCAUCCCUUCGGCGGCUAAUCAGUCUUCGACUCAGGUCUGGAUUCGUAUACAUGGCCUUGCUCAAGAAUAUUGGCGUCCUCGAAUAGUCUUUGCGAUUGCUAACAGUAUUGGUACACCCAUUUGUAUAGAUUCCACCUCCAACAAAACUUCUUUUGAAAGGGCCUUUGGACACUAUGUCAGAGUUCUUGUUGACAUAGAUCUGGCUAAAGAGUUAUCCUACAAAAUCUUGGUAGAAAGAGUGGGAUUUGCAUUUUUUGUUGAUAUUGAAUACGAGAAGUUGCCAAUCUACUGCAACUUCUGCAAAUUCAUUGGACAUUCUUUGGAGGAUUGUAAAAGAAAGAAAGCUGCUACUCAUAAACAUGAUGCUAAAAACCUGAUGGUGGAUAAAAAUUCUGUUCCUAUGCAGACAAAGGAAAAACCAAAACAACUUUACCAAGAAGUAUCCAAAUCCAAACCUUUGGUGGAGGUGGAAACUCCUAACCAUAAUGCUCAAUCGGCUGGUCAUUCUACCAAUGUUUCAAGUCACAACAAUAAUGAUCCUGGACCCAUUCUCGAUCCUAUUGUCUGCCCCUUGAUUCCGAUUCAACCCCCUGACCCCAUUCCUGUGCCUCUUGAUCCCGUUCUAGUUCCAUUACUUGCCAACCAGGCGAAUCUUCAAUUGGUGGCUAAUAGCAUUCAGUCUUCAGGCAAUCAGAGUUCUGAUGAAUCUGAAUUUGUUGAUGCCACACAACUCUAUCCUGCAGAUCCAAACGCUAAAUUUCUUGAAGCCUCGUGGGCCAAUUUGUCUGAAAGAUUAGAUGAAGCAAUCUCUGAUAAUGAUGAUGACGACUUUGAUCCUGAGCAGCUUAAAUUCCACCUUGUCACCUCUAAAUCCCAAAAAAAGAAAAUUCGCCAAAAAGCCAAGUCUAAAGCCAGUUACCACACCAGAUCCCAAUCUGGUACCUCUAAGCCUUUCUGA